CAGUGUUUGUGAAAUAUCCGUUCCAGUACCAGGAGGACACGAUGCCAAUUCCUUACCCUCCUCAAUCCAAGGACAAAUGGGAUGGGCAACAUGUGCGCAUGCCAUUUUCUCAUCAUAAUGAAUAUCCUCAAGAUGGCAAAAAUGGAAAUGUACAGCUUACAAAACGAUGGAAUAUGAUACAAGAAGCUUUAAGCCAAAAUAUCAAAGGUUCCUUUGAGUUAGAGGAGGCCAUCUUGAGUUACAAUCAGCGUUAUUCUAACAAGUGGAAAUUCACAGCCUUCCAUUACUACUUUAACAAAACGCUGAAAGCUGACGAGAGGGAUAUGUUUUUCAGCACAACCUUGAAACUUUUGGUUCGGCUGGCAUUGGAUCUGCCAAAACUGUGCACUAAGCCCAUUCCUUUGCUUAAGGCAGGAGAGAAGAAAAGCCUGACAUUUAGUCAGGUGCAGGUUGCUUCCUUGCUGGCCAAUGCUUUCUUUUGUACAUUCCCAAGGAGAAAUUCUCGUGCAAGGGGUACAGAAUAUGCCAGUUAUCCUGAUAUAAACUUCAACAAUCUCUAUCAUGCAGAGCCUCAUUCCAUUCCAAGAAAGGUCCAGAAGCUGAAAUGCAUUCUUAAUUACUUUAAUCGUGUUCUUCAUAAAUGCCCAACAGGACUUGUGACAUUCACUCGGAAAGUUGAGAAAGAACAUGACUGGAGCGAUGACCAAGAGAUGCUGACAAAACUUCAUGUAUCAUCUUCAGGGACUAUUGAGGAUGAUGGCAAGGGCAUGUUGCAGGUUGACUUUGCCAACAAAUAUAUUGGCGGUGGAGUGUUGGGUCAUGGCUGUGUGCAAGAAGAAAUUCGUUUCCUCAUUUGCCCAGAGAUGAUUGUUGCACGUCUUUUUACUGAAGUCCUGGAGCCCCUAGAAUGUCUUGUAAUGACAGGUUGUGAGCAGUUUAGUAAGUAUACAGGCUAUGCUGACACAUUCCAGUGCAGGAAUUUUGUUGACACCACUCCUAGAGAUUCAUGGGGUAGGCGCUGUACAGAAGUUGUGGCCAUUGAUGCUCUGGUGUUUCAUGGUGACUACAAGAAACAGUUCCAGCGUACCAAUAUACGUAGGGAGCUGAACAAGGCCUUUUGUGGGUUCAGCACUAAGGUUAUAGAGAACAGCAGAACUGCAGUAUGCACAGGAAACUGGGGAUGUGGUGCCUUUGGAGGAGACAAGCAGCUCAAAUCACUGAUACAGGUUGUGGCAGCAUCUGCUGCCAGGCGUGAUGUCUGUUACUUCACCUUUGGGGACAUGGAACUGACUGAAAGCCUGUAUGAGAUUCACAAGUUGUUAUGUGAUAGCAAUAGGACAAUCGAAGAAGUUGUGACUCUGAUGGAGAGGUAUUUGCACAGUAGCCACAGUGGCAGGCAUUCACUUUUUGAUUACAUUCGAGCUGUUCAUAAAGGCUACCAAGAGCAGAAUAACCUUCCAGACUGUGAUGAUGGCAGCCAUGAAAGUGGUUGGGAUAAUUGAUAUGACUCAGAGCCAGGAAAGUAGCUCAGGGACUACCACUGCAAAUUCUGUCACACUAAUUAUCCUGGAAGGUCUGAACCUGUGAAAGUGCAGUUGUUAUUAGUUAACAUGAUUGCCAUUUCUUCAUGCUGUUGUAUGUAUUGUAUUCUUUAAAACAGAAUACUGUUCAACACUUUUGUUGAACAAAUAAAUAACAGUGACAAAACUUUGGAGUUUGUUGGCUCAAGAAUAAGACAAGUUUCAGUUUCAUUGGAGAAGACUUUAUUUCUCUAUUAAAUGUGUGUACAUGCUGGUUAAUCUAUUUUGAGCAUAAACGACUUAUGGCUUUAUCACUAUAUCUGCAUGGAGUGUCCGAGUGACAUAGUUCACUGCUUGCAGGUAAGGUAUAUGCAGUGCAGAGGAAAAUGGUAUGGAGCAAACUGAAAGAUACAAUGAACAUAAGACGAUAAUUCUGUAAUCAAGAUUUGUAAGAACUGCUCUUAUUGAGUGCACUUAUUCCCACUUAACUGAGUGCAUUAACCAUUGUAGCACAAUUUUCUUGAGAUUCCCAACCAGUAACAUGCAUGCCCUAAGAAAGAUAAUGCACAGUGCUGUUAUCAAGGAAGAGUAAAAGUUUUAUCAAAAUUAAGAAGAAAUGAAAAAAGCCUUUGAUAAAGGGAAGUGGUAACUUGGAAAUAUGACAAUUACCUUGCAGAGCUUGUCAUGUUUUAUCUAAUUUAAUGCUGCCAAUGUUUUUACAUGUACAUGUUUACUGUGUUGCAUACAUAAUUUAUCAUUUGUGAAAAUAUUCUUAGGUCCUCAGAUAUAUCUUUCAGUGUAAAAAAAAAAAACCGCACUUAAAAUAUACAGUGACAUUUUUUUCAGGAUAUAUUCACUAAUUCUUUAAUUAGAAAUUUAGGUUGAUGAACCAAAACAAUUGAUUAAAUAAAAAAAUGUCAUCAAAAUGCCAUGCUGAAAAAUGCAUUUAUGUUUAUAAUCCAUUUUUUCAUGCACACUUUAUGUAGUUGUAAAUUUAUGCAAUAGUAUUGUCUUCAUAAAUGUGUAGAAAGGUUACCAUCUUUUGUUUUACAAUAUAUGACAUCAUAGACAUCUAAAAUUUAUAGUAGAUGUAGAGGUUUCUGCCAACACAAAUGUCACUAUUUUUAGGAAAAAAUGCAGCAGGGUUGUUAUAUUUGGGGUAAAAUGUGGCAACAAGCAUUUUAUCUUGUGCUAAACCAUUGUUUCCAUACAAAAAGAGUGUUUUAAUUAUUCAACUAGUUUCUAGCAAUGCUUUGGUAUUUGUGUAGAAACCUCUAGGGAUAUCAAGCUGAUCCCCAUUGGUGAAGCUAUGGUUACUUGUGUACAUUAAUUGUGGAAUCAUCUCCCAAACAGCAUGUUGCAAUCAAACUCAAAGUGUCUCCAAACGUGUCAUGUGUACCUUGAUUGCUUGUGUUAUUUACACAGCAAUGCAUUUUUUUCUGUAAAAAAUAGGUCUGUUGCUUUUUGUUUGAUCCGAAAGGCAACUAACAGAUGCACAUCAAGUUACAGGCAGUGUUUGAGAAGAAUGAACGUUUAAGUCAUCGCAUUGGAUAUGCCAAAUAAAAGAGCAAGCAUAUUUUACGUACAUUUUCAAGUGUGUUUGCUCUGCUCAUGAAGAAAAUAAAAUAUGUAAAGACACCA